AUGUUCGAAACCUUUCACAACUCACUUUCUCUGCAAAAGCUAACAGUCAACGUCUCUGGUCUCGGUGCCAGUUUACACUGGAGCGACGUUCUAUCGAUCCAGAAGUUCUCAAUUCUCCGUCUCCGUCGCCUUACCCUGCUUGUCAAUUAUAAGCAUUCCGCCAUGACAGCCACCCAGAUCCAAUACUUCGAUAUCAAAUUCCGCUUUGGAACUUCUCGUCUCUAG